UGGGGACAGUAAAGAUGGCGCCGAUGCAGUUAGUGUGGGUGACUGCCCGGAGAAGAUGACGACGAUUAGCUCAUUAACUCUAUUAAGAAGUGGGGCGUUUUCAGUGUAAACUUUAUACAAUAGACUUUCAACUGCCGGCGAUUAUCUAAUCGUCGUCAAAAGACUGAUAAGACAGUCACAGAAGACAGCUACCAUGGAGGACAUCAAUUCAAAUAUAAACGCAGACUUGGAAGUGCGGAAGCUUCAAGACUUGGUGAAGAAACUCGAACAGCAGAACGAACAGCUUCGGAGUCGGUCGUCUUUACUCUCUUCGACCGGUGGGAUGUCAACUAACACGAGACCUCUGAGCGCAGGAUACGACUCGCCCUUGACGGCGGGAGCAGCGUCGGGGCUGGCCGGCUUCCCUGGGGUGGGGUUCGGUGGAACGAGGGGCUACAGUGGGCUGUCGGAAAACUCCCGUUGUUUGAGCCCCAGACUGUCAUAUCCUGGAAUGAAUUAUGGGGGACCAUACGACAGCGAUGGCGCUUGGGCUGCCACUGGUAUCACUUCAUAUGAUAACGAUGUAGGUGAUUUUUAUAAGGAGGGAGAAACAACAAUACUUGACGAAGUGGAACUCCUCGAUCUUGAGGACAUGGAUUGUCUGAACGAAGACGACGACAGCUGGCUGUACGAGGCCAAGCUAAACAGCCCGCUGCAGAAGGCCCUCAGCCCCGUGGUGUGGUGUCGCCAGGCCCUGGACAACCCCAGCCCCGAGAUGGAGUCCGCCAAGCGCUCGCUCAUCCACAGACUAGACCUCACCAUGUCAGCCAACAAGCGCAGGAGUCUGUAUGGCAACACCUACAGCCCACAGACAAGCUACGGCAGCCCGUAUGGGACAAACACGGCCAACAGCCCCUACAGCAGCGGCUUCAACUCGCCCUCGUCCACCCCCUCCCGAGUGCCCAUCGUCAAGCAGCUGGUGCUCCCCAGCAGUGCGGGCCACCAGCGGAACUCUGCAGAUAGGAAUCCUCCUCCGGUGAGCCCCCAGUCGUCGGUGGACAGCGAGCUGAGCACCUCGGAAAUGGACGAGGACUCCGUGGGCUCCUCCACCACCUACCGCCUCAAUGACGUCACCGACGUCCAGAUACUGGCCCGCAUGCAGGAGGAGAGCCUGCGGCAGGACUACGCGGCCAACGCGUCCCGUCGCAGCUCGGGCUCGUCGUGCCACUCUCUGCGCCGCGGCGGCAGCAGUGCCUACAGCGACCAGGAGCUGGACGCCCACAGCCUGGAGGACGACGAGGACGCCGUCGCCCCCUACCUGUCCCACGCCGCCAUGGCGCACCACCACCACCAGUACGGCCACUCCGGCCUGCCCGUAGGGGGCGCCAGCCGCUUCAGCCCCUCGCCCCGCCACUCUCCCCGCGCCUCGCCGCGAUCCCGCUCGCCGGCGUCCCGCGGCAGCACCGGCGGUGGCGGGGGGGGCAGCAUGGACAUGCCCCCCCACAGCAACCACAGAGCGUCCCCCCAGCCGGCCAGCAGCCGCCUGCAGCAGCCGCGCCUCUCGCUGCAGGGGCACGCACAGGACCCGCAGGCCAACGCCAUCAAGAACGAAGACAAGCUGAGGCGGAGUCUCCCGAACCUGACGCGGUCCAGCCCGGCCCACAGUGCGGCGUCUGCCGAGUCCGUCAGGAGCAGCCGGAGUGUGGAGUCCAACCUGCAGGUGCCCAACGGAGGCUCGCCCCGACACCAGAGCCAGUCUGCCAAAGCCCAGCACCAAAGGUACUCAGCCCCUCCUGCCCGCCCCUCCCCGAAAAGCAAACUGCUCCUCCAGAGCCCGUCAUCUCUACGAGUGUCCUCCCCCAGUAAGCUCCGGUCCCCGGCCACUCCCUCGCCUCUGGCCCUGCGGCAGCCGGUGAAGGCCGUGUCCAAUCAGAGCCCGGGAUCCUCGGCUAGCUCCACCCCCUCCCGCUCUCUGGGCCCCGCGGUCCGCAGCGCCCUGCCGCGCCCCAGCGGCUCUGCAGGCGGUGGCAUCCCUGUGCCCCGCAGCAAGCUGGCACAGCCUGUCCGCAGGUCUCUGCCAGCACCUCGCACAUACAGUGGCAUCCGGGAUGAGAGCUGGAGGGAGGGGUGCUAUUGACCGCACAAGACCCCCCCCUCCCCCCCACUCCUCCCCCCCCCUCCCCCCCACCCUGACCCCCUCCUCCCCCCCACCCUGACCCCCUCCUCCCCCCCACCCUGACCCCCUCCUCCUGUCCCUGUCCCUUCCCUUCUCUACCCCAACCCUGAGACACAAUAAUGCUGCACUUUAGCAAAAACAACAAAUACAUGUACAAGACAAAGAAGAAGAUAAAAAUAAAAAAACACAGGAGAAAAUGAUCCCAGACUGAAUCAAAAGAAUCCAAAAUGAACAAACAAACAAACAAACAAACAAACAAACACAUAAACAGACAUGAAUAUUUCCAUACAAUCACAACGUUCAAUAACUCACUGUCAAACGGGGACAUGGUAGCAGCAGACAGGCCAGAGCAUGCCAAAGAAAACCAGCAGAGCUCCGGACGCCGUCACCACCAGAGGGCGCUCUUGCAGAACAGAAACAGCGCGCCCACUACGCCAUCAGGUUGCAAAGUAACUAAUAAAAAUCAACCCCUCUCUCUCUCUCUCUGCUCUGUUUCUUCCACUCUUUCUCUGUCUCUUUAACCUCUCUUUUUCCUGAUGUCUAGUCUCCAUCAGAAAAGACUUGCCUUUUGUCUGUCAUCAGAUCUUAUGUUUGGGGGAUCCACGUGGGCUCUGAUGUUCUGUGAACGUUGUUAUAUGGUUGGCCUUCUAGUUUGCCGUUGCUGAAUGCGUGCCGGAGAGGCUGUCAUGACAUUGUUUUCAUUGCAGUUUUCCUUCAGCAAGAAUGUGUUCAUAUCUAUUGGACAAUUAUUUAUUUGAAAUAGAUAUUUAAACAAAAAAAGAGCUUUUUUUUGGUUGUUUUGUUUCAAAAUGUAUUCAUGUUCAGUAUUCUCUUCUUUUUUCUUACAUUUUUCAUAUGAAUUAUUUUUGUAAUGCUCAAUUUGAACCUCACUUCAAAGCUAAAUCUCCAAAGCAUUUGGAAUGGACUCACCUGGUAGAAGUGUGUGUGUGUGUGUGUGUGAGAUAGAGAGAGAGAGAGAGAGAGAGAGAGAGACACAGAGAGAGAACGUGUGUGUGUGUGUGUGUGUGUGUGUGUGUGUGUGUGUGUGUGUGUGUGUGUGUGUGUGUGUGCUCUGCUCAAAGCCAAGCAAAUAUCUAGACACAUAGGUGAAAAUGAACACUGUUGGGGUACUUGGGCUGCAGUAGUUUUUUCUUUUUUUUUUUAAUCUAUCAGUAGAUUGGGUUUUUUAUCAGAUUAUUGAAAACUGGUUGGUUUAAAUGUGGAAAGUCACUGUCACCUGCCACAUGGAAGUGCACACACUUUGCUGAUUGCAGCGCCAACGCUGAACCAGGUAGAAUGGAGCCGUGGGUAGCAGGCGAACUCCUCUCUGUCUGCUGUGAUGUGUAUCAGGAGCCAUUUGCUUUUCUCAUCUGUUUUGAUCAUCAUCAUCAGUAGGGCGGCUUCUUCCAUUCAUCUGUAUGACCGUGUGUCGGUGUGAGUUUGCUGUAUGUUUGUGGUGGUCAGUUUGAAGUAGGUGUGUGAUCAGUGUGUUUUGACAUAUCAAAAAUAUAACCCCCCCCCCCCCCUCCUACCUUACCUGACGACUUCCAAUUAAAUGUAACAAAUGUCCCACCUGGAAAAUGAAGUGGUCUCCAGCCACAUAGAGUGAGAGAAAUGGGUACAGUGCAAAAUAAACGUGUGGCCAAUUUCUUUUAAAAAAAAACAACAACAAACUUUGUAAACAGGAAGAAAAGGUGGCGACGGUUGCCGCUGAUCAUCCAUAUGAUUGUGACAUCACAGCACAAGGGCCUGUGAGCAAAAAGAAAAAAAAACAAAUGGUGCAGAGUUUGUGGAAUUAGUGCCUAUGAUUUUAAGGAACUUAAAGUCGGUUUCCUGUUUUUGGAAUGUUUUCUUGCUUGUUUUGUGCCAAUAGUGUUCAUUUUUGUUUUGCCAAUGUAAUGUUGCAUCAGUCAGGGGUCUUUGCAUUUCUGCUCAAUUUGAUUUUUCUUUCUAUGUUUGCAGCUUUACGGUUUUUUUUUUAUUAUUGUUAUUGGUUUUUGUUUGUUGUUUUGUAUUUUUGCAUUAAUGAAAACAUUUAUGAUUGCAUUUAUGAUUUGAAAGGAAAAGGAGUAUUGCGCAAGCACGCCUUGAUAUUUAAGAAUAACUGAUCUGCACAUGUACAAGAGGCUUUCUAUUUAUUUGACAGAGUUGCGUCGGUGUGGGGAAGUGGUGGUGUGGACUUUGACUCCGUCGGAGGGGCUCGGGGCCUGAGGGCUCAGACAAACAAAUAAACAACAGCCUGGCCAUUUUUGUGGGAUUGUUUUUUUUGUUAACACUUUUAUAUAACCACAGACAUGAUGCUCCGUACCCCGUGUGUAAAUUCACAUUUCAAAAUAAAUUGUAAAUAUAAGGAAUGGACUCUGCUUGGUGACUUUAAUGAUGAGUUUGAUUCAGUGUAAUCUUUUGGAUAUUUUCUGUACUGGAACAGGGAGUCUAACGGGGGACUUCUACAUCACUCUUCCCUUGGAAUUAUUUCCAUCCUGAAAAUAAAAACAGCAUGGUGCGCACCAAAAUGGCAGAAGCAAACAUCUCAGUGGAUGAGAACUAUUUCCAAUGUCCGAUUUGUUUGGAGCUGAUGAAGGAACCAGUAACUAUUCCAUGUGGACACAGUUACUGUAUGGAGUGUAUCACAAAGGGAUGGGACAAAGAUGACGAAAAGGGUGUCUACGGUUGCCCCCAGUGCAGACAGACGUUCAACCCGAGACCUGUUUUAGGUCGAAAUCCCAUUCUGGCUGACAUGGUUGCAAAGCUUAAGGCCCAAGGUCUUCAAAGCGUUCAAUCGGAUGGCGCGUUUGCUGAACCUGGCGAUGUGGAAUGUACGGUUUGCAUAGGAAGGAAACGCAAAGCUGACCAAACAUGCCUGGAGUGCCUUGAUUCCUAUUGUGCAGCUCACUUAUGCCGUCACGACGAAUUUUUUCUUGGAAAGAAGCACAAGCUGGUUGAGGCUGUCGCUGAGAUCCAGGCGAGAGUGUGUUCACAGCAUAACAAACCUCUGGAAGUUUUUUGCCAAACUGAUGGGAAGUGUCUGUGUGCUCUAUGCACCACAGAGCACAAAGGCCAUGAUGUAGUCUCACCUGCAUGUGCACAGGACUACGAAAAGCGGUCAAUUGAAUCAAGCCUACAGAGUGAACUCUUUAAGAGGGAAGCUGAACUAAACAAGCUGACAAAAAAUGUUGAGCCUAUAAAGUCCUCUGCACAGGCUGCAGUGGAGCAUUGUGACAGUGUCUUCUCAGAGCUGCAGGCCUUCAUUGAGCAAAAGCGUGUAGAGGUGGUGAAGAUGAUCAGAGAUCAGGAGGAGGAGGAGCUGAGUCGUGCAGAGCAGCUGCAGAAGGAGAUCAACGUGCUGAAGAAGAGAGCAGAUGAUAUGGCACAGCUGGCAAGCAAAGAGGAUCACAUACAUUUCCUACAGAGUCUCCCUUCUUUUUCCCCAAAAGAUUUACCACCUGUUACUGUCAGUGAAGACUUCUCAUUUAAAGAUGUGAAAACAUCUCUCUCUCAUCUAAAGAAUAUGGUGGCCGAAACGUGCACAAAUCAACUUGCACUUGUAUGGAGAAGUGUGAAGUUUGCAAUGUGUAAAAAGAUGACCAGAUAUGAAUUGAAGAAAUAUCGCCAUCAUCCAAAACUUGAUAAGGAUGCUGCACACAGACAACACCUCGUGUCUGAGGAAGGCACCAAACUUGAACGCGGUCGCAAUUCUACCUUUAGAUGUAAUCAUUUCAGAGAUUACGAACAGACAUUGUGUUUAGAAGGUCUUUCCAAGUGUGCAUAUUGGGAGGUUGAGUGGGAUAGUCCAUAUAGAAUUUCUAUUGCAGUUGCAUAUCAUGACAUUGCACGGAAUGGUGAAAACAGCAGGUUUGGGUUUAAUGACAAAUCCUGGUGUUUGAGAUGCACAAAGUCUAGUCUUACUUUUUCACACAGUAGUGUCGAGACUGAAAUUCCAGGCCCAGCCCCCUCCAGAAUAGGGGUUUAUCUGAAUCACCAGGCAGGAAUUCUGGCUUUCUAUGGGAUCACUAACUGUGACAAUACAACAGAUCUUAUUUACAGAGUUCAGGCCAGAUUUACCAAGCCAUUAUUCCCAGGAUUUUGCCUGUCAGGAGGCACAAUAAAAAUAGGGUUUUAAGGGUUUAUUGGCUACAGAAAAUGCCAUCCAAGGGUCACAGAGAACACCCCCAAUAAAAAUGUGGCUGUUGUUGACGACAUGCAUAAUAUGCUGCAGCAUGUAUAUUUAUGGUGUUUUCUGAAUUUUCAGCCAUUUAUUGUGUGGUAUGCAUUAUGCAUGUGAAAUGCAUUAAAUGUGUCCUACAUUUUGUUUGGUGUAGUGAGCAAUGAUAUACAUAUAGCCUUGAUUUGUACUAGCUCUAGGUGUUGAUACAUUAAGUACAUAUUGUGAGCAGUUCUGAAGGAUAAUGUUUCAUUUUGAAGUAUAGUUUUAAGGUAAAGGAUAAAAUGUAGACAGAAAAAGCCACAGCCCUUUGUAUAGAAAAGGCUAUAGGACGGCUAUAGAAACAUCAGCUAUUACAAAUUGAAAGUAGACUGGUAUUUGUGUACUGCCACAGGUCCGUAAACAGUUAUGUUGAGUAGUACUUAUUUUUGAUGUACUUUACAUUAUAUUCACAUUACACAUUAUAUUUAAGCAAUAUCACAGGAGUGGGAGUGAUGUUGGUAUAGGAUCUCACCACAGCUGUAAUUUCGGCCAUAGGUACAAAGAUCAUGAGAAGUAGUUUGACCAAACCAUGCUGUGGCAGUGAUUUUUGUUUUGCAAAGCCCACUAGAGAAACGUGUUCUGUGUAUUAAUAUAUAGGCUAUAUUGUUCUCAGAAAAACAAAAUAAAGAUUUUUUUCCAAAA